UAAGAAUGUGGUAUUUGUGGCAAUUUUCCAAUUAAAUAGUAUUUCCAAAAUUUAUAAAUACAAAAAGGAAACUAAUGACUUUGGGAUUAAAAAUCUAUAAUUUUUAAACAAAUUGCAUAAAAUUUUGAAUAGCUUUUUAGUAAAUAAAAAAUUUAUAAUUAUAAUAUUUCAAAAUUAUUAAAAUAUUUUAAUAUUUCUAUUAUUAUAUUAUUUGAAUAUAUUUACUUUAAUGAUGAUGUAUGAAUAUUCUCAUAUUUUAAAAUGUUUACCAAUGUGUUGUGCCAACCAACCCUAUUUAAUAAAAAGAAAUAAAAUUUUAAAAGAAAUAGUGAUAUUAAAGUGAAGUGUGGCUAUAUAUAGACAAGGUUACAACCAAAGAAUGAAAGAAUUAGUAUGAAGAAAGGAAAAUACAUGGCGAGUGAGGAGGAGGAGGAAAGAGGAACCGAGGAACCACUUAGUCCAGUUUCCCGGCUACUCAGUUCACCUGAACUAUGUGCCGUCAUUGUGGUAACACUAGGGUUGAAAACUAGAUGCAACAUAUCCUCAGUUGUUGCAGGCAUCAAGGAGUCAUCGAUUAAGCUCCCUCGCUUCUCUUGUAAACUGGACAUGGAUAGUAAAAAUAAAAAGAAAGGAGAACCAGUUUGGGUUCCCGUCAGAAUUCAAGUAGAAAGUCAUGUAAUUGUUCCAGAUCUAGAUCAUGUCAACCUAGAAAAUCCUGAGGAUUUCAUAGAAGAUUAUUGUUCUACCAUAGUCAAUACUUCAAUGGACAUGUCCAUACCACCAUGGGAGUUUCACGUGUUAAACCUAAAGACUUCAAAUGCAGAAUCUGUGGGUAUAGUAAAAUUUCAUCAUUCUUUGGGGGAUGGAAUGUCUCUUAUGUCACUUUUACUCGCUUGUUCGCGAAAAACAUCAGACCCCAACGCACUUCCUACUAUUGCUGCUACAACAAAAAAACAUCAAAAAUCUAAUGAUAAGGGUUGGUGGUUUAUUGGUAGCGGAUUUUGGUAUAUGAUAAGAUUCAUCUUCAUCAAUUUUGUUGAAGUGUUUAAAUUUGUGCUUACAUUAUGUUUCCUACGAGACACCAAAAGUGAUCUUUCGAGUGAAUCCAUGGAUGGAAUUCAACCUAAGAAAGUUAUCCAUCGGAUAAUAAACUUUGAUGAUGUCAAGUUGGUGAAGAACAUAAUGCAAAUGAAGGUAAAUGAUGUUCUUCUUGGAAUGACACAAGCAGGUCUCUCAAGAUAUUUGAGUAGAAAAUAUGCAGAUGAAGAUACUACGACCGAGAAGAAAAAAGUCUUAGACAGAAUUCAUCUUCGUGGUACUGUAGCUGUAAACUUAAGACCAUAUACAAACAUCCAGGAUCUGGACAAUGUGAUGACGAAAGGUGCAAAGUGUACAUGGGGAAACUUUGUAGGUCUCGUUAUAUUUCCUCUGUGGAUAAGAUCAGAAGAUGAUCCGUUAGAAUAUGUCCGACAAGCCAAAGCUACUAUGGAUAAGAAAAAACUUUCUUUAGAAGCAUUUAACUUUUACGGAGUCAUCAAACUCAGUAUGAAGUUUUUUGGAGAAAAGGUAGUACAAGCUAUUUCAAAGAGGUUAUUCGAUCAUACAACAUUGACAUAUUCAAAUAUGAUGGGUCCAGAUGAAGAAAUAAGUAUAUUUGACCAACCAAUAUCUUACCUCGCAGCAAGUGCAUUAACAGGAUCUCAACCCCAGUCAAUUUCUAAAAUAUCAAUUUAGACCACCUCUUUCUCUUUCUCUCUCGCCGAAGAUCCUUUCUGAUCGUCAAAAUCCAGUAAGCAAAAAAAUUCUCAGCUUUCGUCAACUCGAUUGCUUUCCCUCUCUGGGUUUUAAUUUUCUCGACCAAUUCAGCUUUACAGUAACGAUCUCUCUGAAUUGAUGGCAGUGGAAUUUGAAUCCGAGGAUGCGGCCAAGAUGUUCUACGACGAUUACUCUAGAAGUUUAGGGUUUGUGAUGCGUGUAAUGUCUUGUCGGAGAUCCGAGAGAGAUGGCAGAAUCCUUGCCCGGAGAUUCGGUUGUAAUAAAGAAGGUCGAUGUGUUAGUGUCCGUGGCAAGUCUGGUUCUGUCAGGAAACCAAGACAGAGCACGAGAGGAGGACUUGUAAGGCUAUGUGAUUCAUGUUAAGUACGACCGGUCUGGUAAACAUACUAAUUUCAAAUUGUUAUGAUUCUUUUUGCCAUAUAGUUUUAAUUUUCUACAUUUAAAAUGAAUAUUACUCAAAUUUAAACAAACUUUCAAUCUGGUAAAUAUUGUUUAUUUUGUUCUA